CAAGCCAUUAUCCUGGCGGUGUCGUUAAUCCAGACCGGCCCGUUCACAUUUCAUUUCAGUAUUGCCAGGGAAUUUGGCUCAUUAUGUCCGUCAACGCUGUCACAUCUCUCUACCGGCGUUCGCUGAAGCUCGCCCUGGACUGGGCUGUCCACAGACAUAUCUGGAGGGGACAGGCAGUUUAUAUCCGAUCCCUUUUCGAGGCCAAUAAGAACAUUCGCGACCCCCGGCAACAGAAGGUCCUACUCCGAGAGACCGAAAAAUUACUCGAAACAUGGAAGCAUCCUGAUCCCUACCGUGCACCAACGGCCCCUGGUGGAAGCAAAUACGAGAGAAACCUUCCUGCUCGUCAACUACCUUACGCCUCUGGUGGUGCUGGUGAUCAUUAAUGCUCUAGGACAAAAAUCAAGAGAGAUUAUUUUAUGUAAUAGGAGCAUGUAUUCCAGUCGUCUAAUUAAAUCAAAUGCAAUGUCUCUGC